UGCAAGCUCUGGACAAGGAAGUAGAAAGGAGGCAGAGGGAACGCAUAUCAGUUUUUUCACUGGUUGUAAAUCAAACACGAAGGCACACUGCGCAUGUGUUGCCACGAUAGUUUCUCUUGGGUACAAUCUUACCCUUCGAUGCUAAGGAAAUGGCUGGGCCCAGUUGGGAACAGACGCAACUGAAGUCUCAGAACCCAGCUUCUGGAGGAGAUCAGUUCUGAUCUCGACUAGAUUAUAUGCCAGGAGUGAGCAGGUGGUGGUGGGUCCAAUCUGGCACACUUGAAAAAAGGUAUCAUGGAAUUGCAGAGUUGGGAGGGGCCUUGAGGGCUGUCUGGUCCAACCCCCUGCAAUGCAAUGAUUUUUUUUGCCCAACGUGGGGCUUGAACCCACAGCCCUGAGGUUGAGAGCCGCAUGCUCCAGUGACUGAGCCAUCAUGUUGCCAAUCCAAUAACAAGAAAGGUGUGUGGAAUAAAUAGUUGCCGUAGCUAAGCCACACGGAGACAAGAGAAAUACGUGGCGGUGGUGGUGGAAUACCCCCCCCCCCCGGAAGCCAAAAACUAGUUGCCCUUGCCUAAGGUGGAAACAAAAUCCCAGCCCCUCAUCCACUCUACUUAAUCCAUCAUCUCCCCUUCCAGUAUAUCAGGAAUUUUGUCUCUUGAACCUUCUUUAGUGCCUCUGGGCUUCACUUCUGCCUGUGAUGUGUUGCGAGCGCUGGGCUUUAUUUGUUUCCCUCCCCUGUUUUUAUUUAUUUGUUGCUUUUCUGUAUCACUUUCUUUUCCAGGGAAUUCGAGAUAGCUUGCAUGGUCCCCACUGAUCCCCACAACAACAACCCAGUGAGACAGGUUUGGGCGGGGGGGGGGGGCAGUGACUGGCAGAGAGAAGCAGGGACAAGGUCUUCCCCAGAGAGCAUCACAUGGCCAUUUGGGGAUUUGAACCCUGGUGUGCUCAGAGAGAGUUGACAGACUCUCUGCUGCAUCAUUGCGAAAGAUGAUUGGCACCUUGGAGCAGAGCACAUUGAAAAUACUUUAAAAGGCGCACUCGUGAGUCAGGUUGUCUGACAAUGCCCGGGAGCGUUCAGUUUUGCGGCCCGUGCAGUUAUCACCUUCUCUUGCGCAACUGCAGCAGUUUUGCAGCCUCUAAAGUUUUCCCGGCUCCCUCCCUCUCUCUCUUUGCGUUGGCGAGUUACACAGGUUAAUUACAUGGUUGCGGGUGAAGCGCUUGACAGCUAGAUUUACUUUCAAACAUUGCGCUUGGCGAGGAGCCAGAAGCAGUGCAGUGCCUUGUUUACAGACGGGUAAUACUUAACCUUUAGCGUUUGUAAGGCUGUGAGCCUUUCUCGGCUCUGAGCCUCCUGCAGGCUGUCCUUUUGCAAAAUGUUGGACGUAGAGCAGCAAGUGCCCUUGCUGCUUUUGAGAGCUGCGGUUGCAAUCCCACACUCACUUUGUUCCAGGUAGAAAUGUAUAAAACUGAAUUGUAAGCAUGCAAACUGGGAUGCCUCCAGUUUCACUCUUACCUUGGCUAUGAAUAUCCGAGAUCAUUUUAAAGCAACUUUCCCUGUUAGAAGGGGAUGGUGGGAAUUGUAAUCCAAAACAUCUGAGCUACAUGUGGACUAUGUUGGCAAAAGCUUCCUCAAGGUAGGCUGCUGUUUUUGCCAUUAUGUGAUAAGAGCAGCCUAUCUUACAUGGCUGUUCCAAAGAUUAUUCCAGCGAUAUAUAUCUUUUCAGUCAACACAUCAAAAAAAUUCAUGGCAGUCAUGGUGUUUUGGUGUGUUCCACAUCCCUGUUUCCUUCUCCAACUGAAACCAAAACAGUUCUAAGAAAGGAACUGAAACUGACAGUUCUAAGAAAGGAACAACAACUAAAAGACUCUCCCAAUACACCACUGAUCUUUGGAACUCACUGCCACAGAGAUAUAGUGGGGGCAAAAGCAUGUUGGCUAAAAAGAUGAGACACAUCGGGAAACAAUAUUGAAGUACCGUAGCUCUUGCAAAAUCUUCAUGUAGACAGAAAAACACCAAGUUAGUGUUAGUGGCAACCAUAUUGUGAAGUGGAGCAGAGGCACCAAAUCACAUUUCAAUGAACAAAAUGAGAAGGGUUCAAUAGGAGGCGGUAGCAAAGCUUUCAGGAAGGUGGGUGGCCCCAAUUCAAUACUGUUAUUGUUGAGCUGAGUGCCCCCCCCCCAAGAAAUAGCUGAGGGUAUUUUAAGAGCAUCUGUUGUAGUUAGCUUUGUAUCUCAGCUACAAACAGGCCAGUCAUAAUCUGACUAGGGCCUUGGAGUAAAGGUAAAGGUAAAGGGACCCCUGACCAUUAGGUCCAGUCGUGACCGACUCUGGGGUUGCGCGCUCAUCUCGCAUUAUUGGCCGAAGGAGCCGGCGUAUAGCUUCCAGGUCAUGUGGCCAGCAUGACAAAGCCGCUUCUGGCAAACCAGAGCAGCACAUGGAAACGCCGUUUACCUUCCCGCUGUAGCGGUUCCUAUUUAUCUACUUGCACUUUGACGUGCUUUCGAACUGCUAGGUUGGCAGGAGCUAGGACCAAGCAACAGGAGCUCACCCCGUUACAGGGAUUCGAACCGCCGACCUUCUGAUCAGCAAGCCCUAGGCUCAGUGGUUUAACCACAGCGCCACCUGGGUCCCUAGGGCCUUGGAGACCAGAGUUCAAAUCCUGACUAAGCCAUGAAGCUCACUGGGUGACUUGGGCCAGUCACUGCCUCUCAGCCUAACCUCCAGGAUUGUUGUGAGGUUAAAUAAUAUGAGCAACACUGAUAGCAAAAUUUAUUACCUGCCCUUCACCAGCAGGUCCGAGGGCGGAAAAUGCAGUAUUAAAAACAGUUAAAGCAAAUUGCAUUCACAGGAACAAGGGGAGAAUCCUAUAUGCCAUCUUUUAUGUCCUUGGAGAAAAGGAGCAAUAUAAAUGUAAUAAGAUUUGUGCUUUUGGGGUGAUUACCUAGGACAGGGCAGGGGGUCCAUUUAAUUGUUUAAAAUCCAGCAGCUGGAACCAAAGGAAGUGUCCAGAAAUAAAGGAUUUUUGUGUGGAGUAGUAAUCGCUUGUCAUCUGAAACACUACAAUGUAUUGUUUUUCUGCUGUUUGAAUCCAAAACAGCCACCAAGCCUUGGAUCUUGUGCAUAAUACAACCACUAGAAUCUUGAAAGCUAAAACAAACAAACAAAAGUUCAGGCACAGGGAUAUUUCUUUAAUAGGCCUUAACCUUGUGUAGGGUUGUGUGUUUUCAAAUGGGCAUGAGAGCUAGACACAGGUGCCCUUCCAAGCUUCCUCCAAGAAGCUGGCAGACUCUGUUCUUUUCAGUGUAAUAUCCAGUAUCCCAAACAGGACUGUAUUUAUUGCGUCAGUUUGGGGAGCUGGGAGAUGCAAUAGGGGCUUGCUCUGUCCACGCCGUGCAUGGACCUGGUAUUGCAGUAUCUCUGAGUGACAGUGUGGCGCAGUGGUUAGAGUGUCGUACUGUGGCCUGCGAAGCCAGGGUUCAAAUCCCCCGCUUGGCUGUGAAGCUCACUGAGAGAGACUUUGGGCCAGUCGCUGCAUCUCUCAGCCUAGCCUAUCUUACAGGGUUGUUGUGGGGAUUAAACAGGGAGGGGGAUAACCAUGGAGCUCCUUGGGUAAAUUUUUUGAUUUAAAUGCAAUAAGUAAAUAACCCAGGGAUGGGGGUGGAGUGGGGUGAGACAACCCCCUCUUCAUUGGAGCUGGCAUAGCUGCCUGUCCAUAGUCAGUGGCAGACCUCGAGGUCCCAAAUUCCCACAACACCUCUCACCUUCUGUUCUGCAUCAUACUAGCGCCACCCGAGGCUCCGCACCCCAGGGUGACCGAAGUGGCCUCUGCCAAAGUGGAGGCAGAAAAUCACAACCUUUCUGUGCCUUUCUGCUCAUAGCUCUGCACUUUUGGAAUGUCCCCUUUCCCACCCAGGGAUAAAAUGUUUCUUUCUUUCUUUCUUUUUUUACAAAUGAUUCUUUAUUAUUUAAAAUUACAAUUUAACAAACACACACACACACACACACACACACACAAACAAACGCAAAAUUACAAUUUAACAAACACACACACACACAAACAAACAAACGCAAAAAUAAACAAUCGUAAUGUGAAUAAAUCAUAGCAAAUAUACAUUUCUCCUGUUUCUUUAGCUUUACUUACAUACUUCCUGUCCUUCUCAUUAUACAAUGUUUUGCUUCCUUUGUUCCACAGGUUUAUAUUUUGUGUUGUCUUUUCUUUCCAUCUAUUUUUUAUUCUUGACAAGCUUAUCUUUUGCAAACAUCAUUCUAUUUCUGCUAGCAAAGAGUUGUUUGGAAAAUACAAUUUUAAGUACCUUUUGUAUAUAACCGAUUCUCUUGCUACCUUUUGUGUUGAUAAACCUCUUACGGAGUCAGUCAGCUUUGCCAGUUGCAAAUAUUCCAACAUUAGCAUUUGCCAAUCUGAAAUUGUUGGUAGAUUUUCGUUUUUCCAGUUUCUUGCCACUAAAAUUCUAGCGGCUGUCAAUCCAUACAUUAAUAGAGUUCUUAUUUCUUUCUUUAUCUCUGGUGGUAAUAUUUCCGGCCUUUUUUUAAGCGUUGUUUUAAAUAGUUUUUUUUAAUAGUUUUUUUAGUUCCUCAUAGAGAGAAGGUUUCUUGGUCUGCCAACGAUCUUGCACAGCUUAAUUUGAAAAUUAAGUAGUAGGGCAUCCGCUUUGCAUUCAGAGGGGGUCCCUAGGUUGUCCCUCGGUCUCCAGUUAGGGCUGGGAGACAUCGUUGCUGAAACCCUGGAGAGGUGCUGCCUGCCAGUGCUGAAAUAGAUGGGCUAGUGACCUACCAGUGUUCCUGGAGCAAUGAUGCUGAGGAUCAAGGGAAUAUAGGAGACAUAUAGGCUUUGUUUUGUCGGUGUUGAGAAACUCUGCAUGUACCCAGCGGCACUCUUCCUGCUGUUGUUUCACAGCCCCUUGCCAAACCUGGCAUUUAAAAGAAAAUAUGAGAACAUAUUUUCAGUUACAAUCGCAAAGAGGAGAACACCCUCAGCACCUGAUUUUAGUCUUUUCUUUUAAAUGUGGGGUUUAGCAAUGGGUCGUGAGUGCUCCUGAGUAUAUACAGAGUUUCCCAUCAGCGACAACUCCCCUCCCUGACAUCCUGAGACCUUUGGGCUCAAGAACUUAUUUAUUUAUCCUAGAUUUGUAUUCUUUCCAAUGUUUUGGGCAGGCUUGGGAAUUAUCGCUGCUCCCUUGGAGUUCCCUUCUUGUUUUUCCUCCUGCUUUCCAUUCGCACUUUCUAGACGGUCCCUUGCAGGGAGUGGGGAUUUAAACACACACACACACACACACACACACACACACACACACAAAACAAACCCGGGUAGGCUGAGACACUGCUGUCAUCCAUAUAUGGGCAUGCCCCAAACUCGGCCCUCCGAUUGGCCGCCAGGCGCCAUGCAUAUGCCUGUCAACAAAUGGCUGAGCCUGGCGGAUGGUGCGGAGGGGGGGCAGGAGGGAGAGUUGCAAUCUGAUGGAUUAAAGGUCCCUAUUGUAUUGCAAGGGGGGCAUGUAGGGGCCGGUGGAAUGAGCCUGCUGGCCCUUUAAGGGAGCAGUAACACACACAUACAGAGCAGGGGGGGGGAGCUUUGCUUGCUUGCAAAAUCCCAAUACUGUAUCUCUCCCUGCUUUUCUUUUUUUUCUUUUUACAAACUGAUCCUUCCCCCUUUUCUAAGCAGUGUUUGCACACACACAAAAAAAGGGGGGGGGGAGGGAGAAAAGGGAAGAAAAACAUCCUUUGCAACCUGUGGAUCUGUUUUAUUUUAUUUCAUGCUGGUUUUUCCAGGCCCCAAAGCAGGGAUGUAGGUUUCAGCGGAGGCCUUCUCCAGAUCACACCCACUCCUGCCACCCCAGGCUUGGGAGUAACAGGCACCUCCGAGGCCCCACGAGCUGCCCAUCCAUGAGCUAGGGGAAAGGAAGGGCUGCCUUCCCCCCUGCCCCCUUGCCAUGAGACAGUGAUGGAUCAGAACACCUUCUCCCACAUCCAGCUAUGGUGCCCGCGGCCUUUCGGCACCUACUCCCAGAACAAGCAGUGCCCUGGAGGCCAGGUGAAAAAGACCUUUGGGGACUUUGCCUGCAAAGCCAAGGAAGAAGAAGGCGGCGGCGGUGAGGCCUGCUCCGAAAACACUCCCCCUGCCCCGCCGCCUCCACCCCCGCCGCCCCCCACAGUCUCCCCCAACCCCACCCAGGUGGAGGAGGGGCGGGUGCUCUUGGACACGUGGUACGUGAUCAAACCGGGAAACACCAAGGAGAAGGUUGCCUUUUUUGUGGCCCAUCAGUGUAGCAGCGGCAGCCGAGCCAGCGCCAUGAAGGUCAAGGGCAACUGGGGGAGUGACAGCUCCAAGGCCAAGCGGCGGCGGAGGUCCCACGACCCCGGCAAGAGCAAGGCCUGUCCGGUCAAGGCGAAGGACGCCGGCAGCAGCAGCAGCAAGGAAGCCGAGGAUGUGUGCCUUUGCCCGGAGUCCCAUGCCGAGCCGGCGGCCGGAGACUCCACUGACCUGCUCUCGGUGGCUGAGAUGGUGGCCUUGGUGGAGCAGCGCACUGCCCUGGCGUUGCAGAACUACCCCAGGCCGAGCGUGCCGGCCGCGCCGCCGUCCCCCAUGGUCUUUGUGUCAGCAGAGCAGGAGGGCGAGGAGAAGAGGGCACCUUCUCCGGGAGGCGGCUCGGACUGGAGCCGGGUGGCGGAGGCCGUGGCCCACUUUGAGUCGCAGCAGCAGCGGGAGCGGAGCGUCCUGCGCCCCAACGGCCUGUGCCGGGAGUCUCCCGAAUGCGUGGCCAACUCCCAGCACAGCCCCGGCGAGGUGCGCAUCGCCUUCCGCAUCUCCAGCAGCCGCGACCCCCGCUCGCCCACAGAGGGCAGCCAGGGUGCCCGCCCCAACUGCAUGUUCAUGAGCUGCGGAGGGUCGCCCACAGGCAGCGCCGCCCGCGCCAAGGACAAGAUCACGUGCGACCUCUACCAGCUCAUCAGCCCCUCGCGGGACACGCUCCCCAACAAUGUGGACUUCCUGCUGGCCAACGCCUCCCCCAAAGGGCCGGACGGGGUCACCAGCGAGCCCCCGGAUGUGGAGAUGACCUGCCGGGACAGCCCCAGCGGCUCUGGCAAGCUGGACGCCAUUGCGGAGGGCGGCCGGGGAGGCGGGGAGAAGGCGGGAGGCCCCACCGCAUCGGUGGCUCGCGACUGCGUCUCCGGCUUCCAUGUCGACGUGGUGGUCACCGGGGUGGUGGACCAGUGCGUCUUCUUCGGCAAAGACAGCACCAAGAAUAUGAAGGAGGAGACGGUCUGCCUGACGGUGGGCUCGCCCACGCAAGAGGGGCUGUGCUCGUCGUGCGAUGACCCGCCGCCGGGGCAGCUCUUCUUCCUGCACGCCCAGGUGCCUCGGCAGGAGGAUGGCAGGGACAUGGACGGCGCUUUUCUGGACCCUGCCAGCGGCGGCGAGGGCGGCCUGGAGAGAGCCGACGGGUCCGGCCUGGAGCCGACGUCCUCGGACACCUCGCUCUGCCGCCUCUACCGCCAUGUCUCGCACGACUUCCUUGAGAUCCGCUUCAAGAUCCAGCGGCUGCUGGAGCCGCGGCAGUACAUGCUGCUCCUCCCGGACCAUAUCAUGGUGAAGAUCUUCAGCUACUUGCCGACGCAGUCGCUGGCCGCCUUAAAGUGCUCCUGCCACUACUUCAAGUACAUCAUCGAGGCGUUUGGCGUGCAGGCCACGGACUCGCGCUGGACCCGGGACCCCCUGUACCGCGACGACCCCUGCAAGCAGUGCAAGAAGCACUACGAGAAAGGGGACGUCUCCCUGUGCCGCUGGCACCCCAAGCCCUACCAUCACGACCUGCCUUACGGACGCUCCUACUGGAUGUGCUGCCGGCGGACGGACAAGGACACGCCCGGCUGCCGGGUGGGACUGCACGACAAUAACUGGGUGCAGCCUUGCGACAUGCUGAGGGAGAGGGGGGCCCGCAGGGAGGAUGGGAGGUGAGGGGCAGAGCCCGGCGGGGACGGGGGGCGGCGAAGAAGAUAGAGCGCCUCCCCCUCUUCUCCGCUCUCCUCGGGUGUGCAAGAGGGUGUGGUGUGAUUGUGUUUCACAGGAUUUUUGUUGUGUUGAGGCUCCCCCCCCCAAAAAAAACAAAGUUGCAUUUGGUUGCAUUUUCCCGUUUGGGUUUGAUUUCUUGCCUGCCCAGUUAUAGAAGGGGAGGGGGGAGGGAGAGACAAAAAGCCAGCGUAUGGAAAAGUAGAAAAUUAAAUCUACGUCUAAGGAGGCACAGGGCCCCUCGAAACGAAAAGGGAAAUCCUGGGUGGCGGGUAUUAAAAUGAGCACCAGUCUUCUCUUCCAGCCAUUGCAGCUCAUCUCCAGGUUUAAGGGAGGGGAAGGGCUAACCUGCAGACCUCCAGGCAUUGUCCGACUCCCAACUCCCAUCAUGCCCUUGGCCCUCUCUGGAGGGCAGCAAGUUUCUGGUCACUGGUGUAGGGAGAUGAUGUAACAAAUUCUCGAGUUGUGUCUGUUCCUGCCCCACCCCCGUUUUUGAAAAAUAGGAUCUUACCUGAGCUUCCAGACUUCCAUUUGCGGAUAUUUGCUCUGUUGACGUCAUGUCGCUGGUGGUACCCAUGCGAGGCUCGCAAAACCAUUUGUGUCCAUCCUUUUGUCAAUCGAGGAUGCAGCCUCACGGCUGACUGUAAAAUCCAGAGGCAAAAUGUGCUGUGGUUUCCUGGUGGCAUACCUGCACUGUCCUUUUUAAAAACCAGCUUCUCAAACCCUUUAGGGCAGCAGAGGGAUGUCCUCUGUGCCCUUGCAAGAACUAAUUCCUAGGGAGGGUAUUCUGAGGCUGCCCAGAGAGCCCAAAUCGGUACUGUUUCCCCAUUGCUACGGGAAAACUCUGUUUGUAUCUUUAAGGCAUGCUCCCCCAACCUAGUACCCGUCGGACAUUUUGGACUACAACUCCCAUCAGCCGCCGCUGUAGUCCAAAAACAGCUGGAGGGGACCCCUUUUGGAGGAAGACUGCUUUUAAGACACAGCUGUUUCCUUACAAUGAAUAAACCUUGGCUUCCCUGCUCAGUUGCAGUCUGGGCCCUUUGCUCCUCAAGUCCAGGCAUUGGUAAACUUCGGCUCUCCAGAUGUUUUGGACUACAAUUCCCAUCAUCCCUGACCACUGGUCCUGUUAGCUAGGGAUCAUGGGAGUUGUAGGCCAAAACAUCUGGAGGGCCAAAGUUUGCCUAUGCCUGCUCAAGUUGAUGUUAAGAGCAAACAGGACCCUGCUUCCCUGUUUUGAGUGUCAAUUUAGGCCAGUGUUUCCCAACCAUCUUAGGUUUUGGGACUACAGCUCCCAUCAUCCCUAGCCAGCAGGACCCAGUGGUCAAGGGUGAUGGGAAUUGUAGUUCCCACACAGGUCGGAGACCCAAAGCUGUUUUGGGAAACACUGAUUUAGACCUCUUGACUUUGGCUGCGGUUCUCCCCCUCCUGCCUGCCGAACCUCCUACAGCCGAACCACCUCUCCUGGGUCUGCCUGUGCCCUUUGCAAACCUGUUGUAUUGCAAGGGGAACCUUGUGCCUCUGCUCCUUUAGAAAGAGACCCUCCUUUAUCCCCAAAUCCCUGCCAUUUUGAAACCCUUUCAGACACACUGUGCUCUGGGAUCGCAUGCAACCCUUCCGGACCCCACAAAUCAGACCUCUGUUCUGGUACCUGGCUGCUUGCUCUGUUUGCCACGGGACCUAGGGGGAAGUUGGGAGAACAGCCACAAAAUAAUCCCGAUCCCUUUUUACGAGUUGGAGAGGAAUGAAAUCGCAUCGUUCUAGGAAGAGGGCAAAGGGAGUCUCUGCCAGAAAACCCUCUGCACCCAUGUUUGAACCAAUCUGAGGGUUCCCUUCACACACACCCCAAAAAAGCCAGGGAACCACUUUAAAAAAUGGAGUUACCUUUGUGGCACAGAGGGGGUUCCCAAUCCCAGACACCUGCUUGUGAGCUGCAAAAAAACAAAACAGUUGGCACCGAGGAAUUUGUUUUAACUGGAAUUUCCAACGCAAGAUUUGCUAGCGCUAGGGAAAAAUGUAUAAAGUCUGCCCGCUGAAUUGCACUAGCAAGCAAGGGAGCGGUAUGUUGCACACGGCAUCCUACUGGUUUCCUACCUCCUCCCCAAAGUCACUCGCAAAUUGGUUUGCCUAACAGUCUAGCCUAGCAGUGGGGAGGGAAGACAGAACAGGAAGGGCACCACCCCUUGCUCCUGUGGUUUAUGUUUGCCUGCAAUCCGCUGCAUGUCCGAUGGCCCCACGGCAGGGUGCUUCCCCCCCCCAAAAAAAAAUCAGGAGAGGGUUUCAUCGCCCAGACAUAUCACCUCCGUCUGCCUUUGAUGCUCAGUGCAUCGUCUUAGGGCUACAAACUCUCAUGUUGUCUUAAGGGCUCUGUUCAUGACGUCUGGGGCUCCAUUGGGUUAGGGGGGGCCUUGUUCUCUGCCAGGGCCCUGGCCAGGUAGGUCAGACCCCCUUCCCUACCAAAGAGAGGGCUACCACCUGACUCUUUACGUGGCCCCAUCUUCACCUCCUCCCCAGCCACCAUAAUGGGGUGGAGCAGAAAACAGAAGACUGCCUGGUCCUCUUUUGAAAGUCUCAGCUGGGCUGUUGGCUCCUGUAAAUUUCCCCCAGACUGUCCUCUUCCCAGAUUCCAUACAGGGCAGUUCUUGCUGCUUUUAACAUUUUCACAGGGGAGGCAGUUGCAAGAGCCAUCGCUUGUCCCCGGCAGAAGGGAGAAGGUGCAGCUAUGAAAAUUCUCCUGCGCAGCUCCGCCGCUUUAUGGAUUUUGUGUCAACCUGGAAUCCAAGCAAGCGCUUCUCUGCCCUCCCUAGAGCCAUCCAUCCUUAAGGGGGGGGGACUCUAAAGAGCCGUUAUUCCGCAUGCUGUCUUUUAAGAGUGUCACUUCCCCCCACCCUCCAAAUAUGCGCACACACACACACACACACACACACACACCCUAACCCAAAAAUACACCUGCCCCAAAUUUUGGGUGGUUUUUAGCCAUCUAUCUCAUCCUCCCCCCCC